GAGCUCCGCUGUGACGAUCAGUGUUUGCACCAGCAUCUCCUGCCCACCAGAACUGUCUUUCUUUUCACAAACUCUUCAGGUCACAGGUAAAUUAAUCUUGAGUGUAUGGUCAUCAAACCAUCUGUCUCGAGCAAUUUUGACGCUGGUGUGCAGCGCGACAUAAAAAAAAAGACGAGCUGGAACGCCCCUACAGACUAACACCAUUGCAUUGUGGGAACAGAAUUGGUAGUCACGUUUUUGAUCCAGCAUGGCAGGAAAACAGAAAAUCAAAAGGAAGUUGGAGGACCUCAGUGUGGACGAGUUCCUGCUAUCUGGCUUUGACUCGGCAGGUGAGGCUGAUUCUGAGGAUGACACUCCUACCCGGAAUGGACAGAAAUCGAAGAAGAAAGCAGGGCAAUCCGCAGCUCAAGACAAGGGUGAUGACAAAAAGAAAGGCAAGGCUUCUCAGCACAAAGACUCGCUGUCAAGGCUAAAAAGUAAAGAUCCAGAGUUCUAUAAGUUUUUGCAGAAGAACGACCAGACCCUGCUCAACUUUGACGACACCGACAGCUCCGAGGAUGAGGAAGAGCGGAAGUACCACACGCUGCCCAAACAACUGGAGGAGGCCAGUUCUGAUGAUGAUGAGGAACAAGGAGAGUCCACCAAGAAAUCCAAGAAGACAGCAGAGGCCAUCAAAGUCACAGAGAAAAUGGUUGACGAGUGGCAAGCCGCAAUCAAGGAUGAGCCUACACCUCGCCUCUUCAGAGAGAUCACACAGGCCUUCAAGGCUGCCGUGGCGACCACCAAAGGAGAAGGGGGAGAUCCGUGUCGAUACAAAGUGGCCGACAGUUCAGUGUUCAACGCCUUGGUCCUGUUCUGUAUCCGAGACGUGUACGUGGCUCUGCAGAGGAUGCUCAACCUAAAGCCAGAUAAAGACCAGAAGAAGCCAGUGCUUCCAUCUUCCAGUCCUAAGUGGCAGAAGUACCAGGUGGACAUCAGGAUGUAUCUCAGUGGGAUCGUUCAGCUCUUGUCAUGUCUCACAGAGGCCACCGUCAUCAGUGCAGUUCUGAGGCACGCCAACCAGCUGGUUCCCUACUACCUGUGUAACCCCAAACAGUGUCGCCACCUGCUCAAGCAACUGAUCAAGCAGUGGAGCACCGGGGAGGAGACGAGCCGCGUGCUGGCUUUCCUGGCCCUCAACAAGAUCUGCAGACAGAAGCAAGACACCAACCUCAACCCCAUCCUCAAGCAAAUGUACAUCUCGUACGUGCAGAAUUGCAAGUUCACGUCGCCCACCGUUCUGCCUAUGAUCAACUUCAUGCAGCGGACGCUGACGGAGAUGUACUCGCUGGACACACAGGCCUCCUACCAGCACGGCUUCAUCUACAUCCGCCAGCUGGCCAUCCACCUGAGGAAUGCCAUGACCAUGAAGAAGAAGGAGACGUACCAGUCGGUGUAUAACUGGCAGUUUGUCCACUGCCUGUACCUGUGGUGUCGUGUGCUCAGCACCCUGCACCCCAGCGACGUCCUGCAGCCCCUCAUCUACCCACUGUGCCAGGUCAUAGUGGGCACCAUCAAGUUGGUACCCACUUCCCGCUACUACCCUUUGAGGAUCCACUGUGUGCGAGCCCUCACCCUCCUCUCUGGCAGCACCCACACCUUUGUGCCCGUUCUGCCCUUCCUACUGGAGAUCAUUCAUCAGGUGGACUUCAACAAGAAGCCUGGCCGGAUGAGUGUGAAGCCCAUCAAAUUUGAUGUUAUCCUGAAGCUCAGCAACACCAACAUGCAGGAGAAGGCCUACAGGGAUGGGCUGAUAGAGCAGGUGUAUGACCUGAUCCUGGAGUACUUCCACUCUCAGGCCUGCUCCAUCGGCUUCCCAGAGCUGGCCCUGCCCACCAUCAUCCAGCUGAAAGCGUUCCUGAAGGAAUGCAAAGUGGCCAAUUACUGCAAGCAGAUCCGCCAGCUGCUGGAGAAGGUACAGGAGAACAGCGGCCACAUCACAGCCCGGAGACAGAGGGCCGCCUUUGGAGUGGCCGACGCGGCCGCCGUGGCGAAGUGGGAGAAGCAGACUGAGGAGGAGGGGACGCCCCUCACCAGGUACUUCAGCCAGUGGAAGAAGCUAAGGGAGAAGGAGAUCCAGCUGGAGAUCUCUGGGAAGGAGAGGAUGGAAGACUUGGACCUCCCUGAGAUCAAACGUAGGAAAAUUCAGGAGAAGAAGGCUGUGGACAAGAAGGAGUUCAAGGAUCUCUUUGAGUCCGACAGCGACUCCGAUGACGACGGAGGACUCAAAGUCAAAGACAAAAAGGGAGGCUCUGACGAGGAGGAUGACGAUGAUGCUGAUCUUCUUCAAGAGCUGUCUGACCUGAGCGACGAUGAGGGGGUGGGGGAAGACCAUGAUGGUGCUUCAGAUGAUGAUGGUGGUGGUGAUGAUGAUGAAGAGGGGGCUAAAGCCUCGAAGUCGCCCAAACAGCUGUCUAGCAUGGCUCUGAAAGAGUUGGCAGAGGGAGAUGAGGACUUGGUGGAAGACCUGGAGCUCUCUGACCAGGACUGACACACAGUGACUCAUAUACACACACACAACGAUUGGGGGUGGAGAGAAGAGUGUUGGCUCGGAGCCCAUCUUUCCGUACAUUCAAUCAUUACUACUUUCCCUGUGGACUCCUUUCUACUAUAAUUUGUUUUGGUUUGCUCCAUCAAUGUGUACAGUACAAACAUGUUCUUAAUGCAAUUGCACAUUACAAACUGACCAUGCAAUUGUAUAAAAUAAAAAUUAAUUCCUACA